CACAAUACUUCAAUUUUGGUUCUUCAGUUCGAACACUAUGGCCAUUGUUACUUGGUAGUCUCAUAUCCACUUCUUCCCAUGUAACCCUUCUUCGAGAUGUCCUCAUCGCUCUGUUUCUCAAUUCCGGCAUUGACGCCGCACUACUGGCGGCCGAAGAACUUCGGAUUCUUCCUUUUACUUCAAUCAAACCGAUGUAUUUGCUUCGCACCUCGCUUCGUUGCUUGCUUGAAAAACGACGACUCUGUUGCAAUACCCAAACCUGCUCCGGUAUUCACUUCCUCAUCUUUUGUUUUGGAUUUCGACCGUCUACACUCAUUUUGUUUACUUCUUCUGGUUUCGCAGCUGGCUUUCGAUCCCGCCGAGGAGCUGUACGGACUUGACGUCGAUUUAAAACCCAGGAAUUCAGCUUCUAGCGCACCUGAACCCAGGUCCUGGUUUGGCCCAAAUGGUCAGUAUAUUAAAGAAUUACCAUGUCCAAGUUGCCGAGGUAGGGGUUAUGCGCCUUGUACGGAAUGUGGAAUUGAAAGAUCCCGUGCUGACUGUUCUGUGUGUAAUGGAAAGGGUAUAGUGACCUGCCACCAAUGUUUGGGGGAUCGUGUCAUAUGGGAAGAGUCCAUUGAUGAAAGACCGUGGGAGAAAGCACGAUCCACUUCUCCUUUAAGAAUGAAGGAGGAUGAUGAAGUUGAUAACUUGGAAAUAAAGCUGGAAGAAAAGAAGAAAUCGAAGCGUGUUUACCAAUCACCUCCUCCUGAAGUUGGUUUAAAGAUCAGUCGAUCAUUAAAAAGUCUCAAUGCCAAAACAGGUAUAUUUAGUAAGAGAAUGAGGAUUAUCCAUCGUGACCCUGCUCUUCAUGCUCAGAGAGUGGCUGCAAUUAAGAAAGCCAAAGGAAGUGCUGAAGCAAGAAAACGUACUUCUGAGGCUUUGAAAGCAUUCUUUAGUGACCCAGAAAACCGUAGAAAGCGGAGCAGUGCAAUGAAAGGAGUAAAAUUUUACUGUAAAAACUGUGGCCGUGAAGGGCAUCGAAGACACUAUUGCCCCGAACUUAAGGAAGAUUCCAUUGAUAGGCGAUUCAGAUGUCGAGUAUGUGGAGAGAAGGGCCAUAACAGGAGGACUUGUGAGAAGUCUGUGUUGAAUGUUACACCAAUGAUCCCAACAAUUCAGCGCCAUUGUGGGAUAUGUGGUUUGAAGGGCCACAACAGGAGGAACUGUCAGAAGUCUGAUGUACAUCGUCAGAGCCAUCAAAACAUGUUGAGGCCGAACUUGAUAAGUGAAUAUAGGGUGAGCAAUGAAAAUAGGAGAGUGAGGCAGGAUCAUUGUAGGAUUUGCAAGAAAAGCGGGCACAGUCAAUGGAAAUGUCCCAGUAUUGAUAGGGAAGGUGGGUGAUGCAAUCGUCUUUAUGAGAAAGUCAAAGCAACGCUCGAGGAAAGAUUGAAAACAGGAUUCGUUGAUGGAGAAUUUUUAGUACUAUCAUAAUAUGAAAAAUAAAUGAAUGUUAUUUAAUGACUGCUUGGACGAUCUCAUUCCAGGAAUAAAUUUCUUCAUUCUUUUGCGUGGAUUCUGGAUUAUAAUAUGGAAAGUGUGGGGUGAGUGACCAAUAUAAGGAGAUUGGGUUUUCCUCAAUUUGGUUCAGGCUGUUGGUGGUCCGAUACGAUAGAUCUGUUUUUUAUCCAUGUGGAGGCUGUUUGUCACCCAAGUACUAUGAAGAUGGGUUAUUGCGGGAUUAUGGGGUCAUCUUCUGGAAGUGUUUUGAGUGGUUACUUUGAUUUCUUUUCAAGUAUUUUGGGUUCUGAAGCCACUGUUUUGGGCCUUUUGGCCGAUGGAACGGGGUUCCAUAAUGUUAUGGUUCUCUUUGAUUUGUUGACUAUGAUUCAAAUCCUUCAAGGACAUUUUAUUGGAAGUGGUUAAUCAGAUUGUUGAUUUUA